UACGCGUACAGCCCCUUUGUCAGAUCUCCCCAGGAAGGAGUCUAAGUACAAAGCCAGCAAAGCAUGGUUUAUCCCACUUUCCUUGUAUUCCCAGUUCUAAACACCGUGCUUGGCAAACAGCACUCAGAACUUGAGGGAGUAAAAUAACUUUUUAGUUUAGUUUAUUAAGUAAAGGAGAUUUUGAACAAAAUAUCUACAGAGGUAUUUGGCUACAACACUCACUUCUCCCUGUUACAGCUGUAGAACGGGCUGAUUACAAUACCAAAUAUGAGCAGUUCAAAUCCAAAUACACCUUAAAGUAAGGGCUGGACAACAAAUAUGACUUCUCUGAGACAACUGUCUUGAUUUGGGCCUUGCCAUCUUGCCUAAUUGUAAAGAUAAUCUUAGGAGUAAGGCUGCCCUCACUCAGUUUAGCAAUUGAGCGACCCCAGGUUUAGAGGAGAGGCAGCAUUAGUAAGGUAAAUGCAUGAACGUCUACUUAACUUAAAAGUCCCUAAGACAUUUUAGUAGACCAAGCUGUUGAGGCUAAAGACCAGAGUUAGUUUAAUUCUCCUUUAACCCUUGGCCCAAAAGGGAAAAAGUGGACAAAUUAGGUAAAUAAUUACUUUCUUACUGAGCAUUUAAAAACAUCGUUUUGGGCCUCAAAAUGAGGUGUUUUCAGUAAUUUAUGUGUUUGCAUUUUCUUCCUUUCAAAGUCACUAUGUGGGGUGCCUUGCUGACUCAGUAAGUAGAGCAUGACUAUUGAUCUCAGGGUCACGAGUUCAAGCCACACAUUGAGCAUGGAGACUCCCCCCCCCCCCCCAAAAAAGUCCCUUCUAAUUCCCUAGCCAGAUAACCUAUAUUAAUAUUGGCCAAUUAUUUUUUAUUAUUUGAUCCUAUAUUUCAUAACAAGUAACAUUUACCAAGGACUUACUAUUUGUCAGGCUACUUGUACAGAGAGGUUACAUUUCAUUUCAUUUCAGCCUCCCAACAACUUUGUGUGGUAGGCAUUAUCAUUUCCACUUUUCUAAUAAGAGACUCAGAAGUUAAGUGACUGCCCCAGAUCACAUAGCUAAUAAGAGGUAGAAUCAAAAUUGGAACUUGGGUCUCGGUUUUAAAAACCUUGGUGUUCAACCAGAUCAUGGGUGUUGAUAUUUUGGACAAUAUUUAACUAGAUGUAACAGUGAAUAACCAAAAAAACAGACUUUAAAUUCAAUUCUUAUCUGAGAUAUGCUUUCCUCUUGUAUGCAAAUUGGUAAUUAUUGAUAUGUGUCACCAACAGAACUAAAGGAAUAUAUUAGCAACGAGAGAGUAGCAGCUUUAUGUUUCAGACUGGAAUAAAUAAAUGUUAUCAAUUCUUCCAGUUCCAAACAGGUUUCUGAAACAGUCAAUGAGACAACAGCCAUCACAGACCUAUUCACCCUAAAGUAAGGAGCCUGAGUUCUUGCAGGUGCAGUUAGUGUCUCAAGCAUUUGCACACGCAGUAAGAAAACGUUUUCUGCGGCGAUAAUUGCGCUAAAAUAUAAAGUAUCAGAGAUGACCAAGAUAUUUGUGGGCAGGGCUCCUGGUUAUUUCAGUUUCAAGUCCUCGUGAGGCCUCAUUUCUGUCCCAACACAUCCACGAUUCAAUAGACUUGAGCAGAAUGUAUGAGUCCAAAAGGCUGUAUCACUGUUUUUGGGAAAUGGCCAAAUCUUCAAAGAUAUGCUCGCUUUUGCUGGUAAAAAUCUAGCUCCCGUGCUUUAAUUUCACUAAGUGCUCCUGCUUUAAUUUGACUUCAGAGUUCUCAGUGAUAGCCCACAUAGCAAACUAAAGCCUACUAUGUCUCCACUUUCAGGGCCCACGAUACACACAUAUGCAAGAUAACCUAAGGUCGCGAAGGAGCCAAGCGACGCUUGCCCAGUUCUCCAGCAGCGAGCGGUCGCGCGUGUGUGCCAGGCUUCCUCCUCCUGGCUCCCCAGCCCGCAGGACAAAGGCUGCGGUGUCGGCCACGCCACUUAGGGAGGCAACAUUGGCCACGCAACCGGAGAUCCCAGCAGUAGAAAGCGUAGGCAGUGGUCGCCUCGCUAGACCCGGGUGGUCAGCACAGGAGAGUCGAGAUCACCACCAGCACGUAGGCCACGCAGAGGCAGCCCACGGUAGUCACAACCACGGGGUUAUCUUCAAAGGUGGCAAAGAGCUCGGUGGUCUGGCGGACGUCAAUGGCAUUGGGCAUCACCAGGAACGUGCUUCCAAAGAAGAUGGGAAAGCUGAGAGAGGUGCGGCAACCUGCCCAAAGUCACCUGCCCAGUCCUGAUGAAGUGGGAUUGGACCCAAGUCUGUCCAACAGCAGAGCCCACGCCCCCAUCGGCUACACCAUCCCUCUUUCUGAGCCUCGGGCCUCUGAGGACAGCCUGCCGGGCACUCCAGGCCAGCAGCGUGGGCAUCAAACAGCUGCCGGGAGUGAGGACUCUGGGAAGGUCGCAACACACCCAGGGCCUUGUUCACGAGGUUUACAAAGAAAUUCAAGAGGUAAACCAAGUUACAAAAAGGAGGAGGAAGAAGAGGGCAGGAGGCGAUCUUAAAAAUUAUCUCAAAACAUCGAAGCUCACUCAAAAGUCACUUCCUGUACAAAGGCCUUCCCAGCUCCCAGAGGGAAACAGGCCCCUGUUCUGGGAGAAACGGAGCCUAGCAGCUCAGGGGAGAGCACAGCCCUGGGGCAGUACCUGACUCCAGACAGAAGCAGUACUCCAGGGGGCCCAGGGCCGAGGAUGUGUCGCAGAAGAUGGCGAAGCUUGUCAGAACGGUACCCUCCUCCGGAGUGAUGGUGCAGCCUGCUCUCCAUCAACUCCGUGGCCCUGGACACUAGGAGGCUAAUCUCUGUGGACUGUGUCACCCACAUUCCUGUGCCGGCUGGCUUCUGCUUGGGUCCAGCAAUGGGAGGCAUUGGCUGGGGAUCAGAAGGGUGCGAGGAUGGCACUGCAGAAGGAUGCUUCUGGGGACAUGAGCCGCCCUUCACCCUGACCCUGAGCAGACCUGCAGGAAAAAGCAGCUGGCUGGUGAGAUGCCCCUCCACAAUUGGUAUCCUACCUUCUUCCCCACAGCAGUCUGUGCCAAGGGUAGUCGCACCAUAAGGCACAGAAUGGAGACAGACCCUAUCUGAUCCACCUGGCUCUCCUCUGGAGAUGGGUCACUGGACGGUUCUCGCACACUGGAAGGAGCUGUGAACACAAUGAGAACAGGCGUCAGACUUUGGGUACCCUGAGUCAAUGAACUGCACAAUGAAUGAAGAAAACAAAAACCCCAAGAGAAAUCCCCUCUGUUUAGCCAAGAGAACCAGGAAAAGAGACCCAAUCGGAUUCCCCAUUAGCUCAUGUUGUUUGUCUGCAGUAGAGAGGAAGUGGCCCAUUUAGGUCUUAGCUUAUCAUGACUUAAGCAAAAGUAGGAUGCCGUACAAACACAUAACAGCACAGCGACAUUCACGCAAGAAAACAUUCCCACAUCCAUGCGAGCAUCUUUUUCACAUCAUUACCAACUCCUUGGACAGUGACCCAGGAGCGAUUCUACACAGAGCGAACCCAUAAGGACCCAGCUCUUCAAGACUGUUCAUGUGGCCUCCAUAGUGAGAAAACCUGUGCAUGCCAUUUCUGCACUGGGAAAAGAAAAGUGGCCAGAAUGUGGUUCUUUCCCUCGAGGAGUUCACUGUCUAGGAAGGCAGACAGACACCUAAAAACUUAAAGUCAUGCCAAAAGUACCCUCUCAGAGGUGUGGACAAGCCCUACAGGUGCAUAGAAGACUCAGCGGACCGUGCUGGGGUUGGAGGAAGUUGCCCUCACAGAGUCAAAGAGAGAGAGAGAACAUGAGCUUGAGACAGGGGGGAGAAGGAGAAUCCCAAGCAAGCUUCACGGUGUCAGCACAGAGUCAGACGUGGGGCUGGAACUCAUGAACCAUGAGAUCAUGACCUGAGCCAAAACCAAGAGUUAGAUGCCUAACCAACUGAGCCAUCCAAGCCUCCCAAAGCCACAAACAUGUGAACAGGUUUUGCUUCUUCGCCUCAUGACUGCUUUGUGGAUGCAACACAUUCAUGGAGAAAGUGGCCCCAGGAAAGGUAGCCUUCUCUUCCGUGCUUCUUCCCUAAACUAUACAGGAAGAGGAUCCCACGCUCCAAUCUCUCACCUCUGCUACGUGUGGUGUGACCUGUGGCCCAGGGACACCACCUCACUGAGCGUCAGUUGUUUCCUUGAUAAAAAAGGAAGUGGGGAGGGAUAGUAACAGUACCUGCCAGGUUUGUGGCAGAAUUAGAAGGUACAGCUUGUGCAAAAUACAGAUGAGGGGGCGCACAUCAGCGAAUGCCUCUCCUUCUCCCCAAGGAAGAGGCGAGACGAAGCCUUCCUGCUUGCCCACUGAGCAUCUCAGACCCUCCAGAGGGCAGACCAUGCACUGUCUGGAAGUGAAUCCUCUCCUACAGGCUCUGCAUCGCUGCCGGAGGUGGCAUGGCCAACUUGUGCAAACGUGUGUGACUUGGGAGGAAGCCCGGGAGAUACCUGACCCAACUUGGGGCUGAAGCCCUGCCGGGCAGCACCUCCGUGGAUCCCCUGCUGCCCUCUGGCUCCCUGCGUCUUCCUGUUUCCCUCUCAGCAACCCCAGCCUGCAGGCCCCAAGUGUGUGGACAUCCCCCCUCUCCCUCUCCUGCGUGCCCUUUUCCUCUGGCCCCUCCUUGCCUCUCCUGCUUCUCUCCUGCCACAGCCCCACCCCUCCAAUAAUCCGGAGCCGUGUAGGAUGGAAUGCCGUGUGGUACCUCUGGGGCUGCCCCCUUUCCAGGAGCGUGCUGCCCGGCUUCUCUACUUGGCCAGCUCCCAGCCACCCUUAAGCUUCUGGCUCAGCAUCACCGUUUUUGGGAAGCGUGGACAUCGCCUCUCUUCAUCAUGCCCCUCGGCCUUGGAGGAUCUUCCUGUGUCACCUGGGAUGUCCCACUGCUCCCGUUGGAUGGGUGGCAUUCCAUAUUUGAGGAACAGGUGAACAAAUGAGUGAAUGAACAAACACAUGGGCUGAUUCACAUUUUUAUCCUGCCAACCAUGGACUCCUCCGACACUUGUACCCUCUACGCUGGCCUGUCACGCAGCCAUCGCUGCCUCUGUCCACCUCGGUCAUAUACACAUGCCAUCUUAGCAACUCUCCUGCUAUAGCUCAGCACUCAGUAGAACUUUCCCUGGUGAUGGAGAUGUUCUGUCUGCACAUACCAGUAUGGUAGCCACUAGCCACGUGUGUCUGUGGAACCUUCGAAAUAUGGUUAGGAUGAGCGAGGAAUUUAAUUUCAUUGUAAUUAAUUGAUAUUUAAAUUCACAGCCACGUGCUCCGAGUGGCUACUGUGCUGGACAGCACAGCUAAGCUCCCACGUUAAUGCCUUCAUUGCACACGGUCUCUUGACCGAGAGAUCACUGUCCACAGUUUGAAGCCCAAAUUCUUACAUCCCCGCGCGAUCCAACCCCUGAACCACUUUCCGCUCCCAUCUUGGCAGUAGUGGAGACCAACCGUGAUUGCAAGUAUGGCCUCGGGAGCCAAGCAGCUUGGGUUCGAAGCUCAGCUCCGGGGUGCUGAAAAGGAAGGCAAGGAACUAUUCUGAGCACCACGACGGACAUGAUCGGAGUCCCGGCGAGAUAGGUAUUAUAAUUCCUAUUUUCAAGAUCAGGCCACUGAGGGUCUGAGAUUUAAGCAAGCGGCUCAGACACUCUGCUGCCCAGAAGCGGAGCUGGAGAGGGAGCUGGAGAUAGAGUAAGACGGUUAAAGACUGACCAGGACUCCCGGCUGGGGAAUUUGACCUUUGACCAAAGAUAAGGAAGGCCAGUACAGUGCGAAGAGACACCAGGCUCUUGUGGCAUCUGGAUGAAAAGAGAUGUAAGCGAAGGAAGCUGCAGGAAAGCAGAAAGGAGAGAAAAGGAGGAGCCGAGCAGUUGCCUGGAACACGUCAGAGUGUCUGCUCACCGUCCACAUCGCCACCGCCCAGCGCCCCAUGCGAUGGAUGUCAUAUUUGGCAGAAAUAAGAAGGAGCAGCUGGAACCUGUGAGGGCCCAAGUGACAGGCAGGAUUCCAUCAUGGCUGCAGGGCACUCUGCUUCGCAAUGGGCCCGGAAUGCACACAGUGGCAGUGGGGGAGACCAGAUAUAACCACUGGUUUGAUGGCCUGGCUUUGCUCCACAGUUUCACGAUUAGAGACGGUGAAGUCUAUUACAGGAGCAAAUACCUGAGAAGUGAUACCUACAAUGCCAACACCAAGGCCAACAGGAUUGUGGUGUCAGAGUUUGGAACGAUGGCCCAUCCAGACCCCUGCAAAAACAUAUUUUCUAAAGCUUUUUCCUACUUGUCCCAUACCAUCCCUGAUUUCACAGACAACUGCCUGAUAAACAUCAUGAAGUGUGGAUAAGACUUCUAUGCGACCACAGAGACCAAUUACAUCAGGAAAAUCAACCCACGGACUCUGGAAACCCUGGAGAAGGUGGAUUAUCGCAAUUACGUGGCGGUAAAUCUGGCAACAUCGCAUCCUCAUUAUGAUGCGGCUGGAAAUGUUCUUAAUGUGGGCACAUCCAUCAUGGACAAGGGGAAGACAAAAUAUGUGAUCUUUAAGAUCCCUGCCACAGUACCAGAGGACACGAAGGGGAAGAACCCGUUGAAGCACACAGAGGUGUUCGGUUCCAUCACCUCCCGCUCGCUCCUCUCCCCGAGCUAUUACCACAGCUUCGGAGUCACCGAGAACUACAUCGUUUUCCUCGAGCAGCCUUUCAAGCUGGACGUCCUCAAGAUGUCAACUGCGUACAUCCGGGGAGUGAACUGGGCUUCCUGCCUGGCUUUCCACAGGGAGGACCAGACUUACGUUCACAUCAUCGACCAAAGGACUGGGAAGCCCGUGCCGACCAAGUUUUACAUGGACCCCAUGGUGGUGUUUCAUCACGUCAACGCCUACGAAGAGGACGGCUGCCUUGUGUUUGAUGUCAUCGCCUACGAGGACAGCAGCCUUUAUCAGCUCUUCUACUUGGCCAACCUGAACCAGGACUUGGAGGAGAACUCCAGGCUCACCUCCAUUCCCACCCUCCGGAGGUUCGCCGUGCCCCUCGAUGUGGACAAGAAUGCAGAAGUGGGAUCAAAUGUAGUCAAACCGGCAUCCACAACGGCAAGAGCACCAUGGGAAGUCUGGGGCCAACUAUGUUCCCAGCCCGCGGUGAUGGGGACUUCAUCAGCCGUGUCCUUCUCUCCAGGCUUAGAGCUGCCUCGGAUCAAUUAUGCUCACAACGGGAAGCCCUACCGCUAUGUCUUUGCGGCCGAAGUUCACUGGAGUCCCAUCCCAACCAAGAUCCUGAAAUACGACAUUCUCACAAAGUCAUCCUUAAAAUGGGGACAGGAGCACUGCUGGCCAGCAGAACCCCUGUUUGUCCCCAUGCUGGGUGCCAAGGGCGAGGAUGAUGGAAUUAUCUUAUCAGCCAUCGUCUCUACCGAUCCCCAAAAGCUUCCUUUUCUGCUUGUUCUGGAUGCCAAAAGUUUCACAGAACUGGCUCGUGCGUCCAUUGACGCAGAGGUGCACCUGGAUCUCCACGGGUUAUUCAUCCCAGACGCAGACGGGGACGCGAGGGAGCAGGCCCCUUCCCAGGAACAGCCGGACAGGAUUCCAGACUGCCAUGUGGCCCCAUGGACCUGAGUGGGUUGGGCCUGUGGGCUCACUUCCUCUCUGGGUGAAGGGGGAUCCUUCAUUUCCUUUUGACCUUAUGCUUUCUGCGGUGGCUUUGAGACAAAGGUAUGGAAAUAGUGUCUUUUCUUUCGUCUUAUUUUGGCCCUAAAACCAUUGUUUGAAAGUGGAUCAAAUAUGUAUUGAUUAGCUUAAGCAUUUCCAAGAAAGCCCUUUUCCUUUCUUAUAAAACCAUGCCCAGAAAUUGUAUUAAGGCACAUAAUCAUCCUUCUUAGAAUGAGCAACCACUGAUGUACCAGAGAAGAGGCAGGUAACUAUUUGUCAUUGCUCCUUCCUCCUGCCCCUCGUCUCCCUCUUUCCAGUAGACUAGACUGUGCAUCUGGGAGAUCUAGAUUUCUCAACCAUGCGUUGUUAGUAAAAUCUGUGGCCAGGAAGGCAUAUUGCCUUGUGGUCAUUCCAUGCAAGGCAUGGCAUAAUGUAAAAUAAUGAAAGUGUUAAAGUCUGUUCCAACCUUAUUUAAUUUUUGCGUGGCUUCUUUUCUCUGAAGUUCUUCUAAGGCAAUAAAAUAGAGUGCAGUUCGCAGCCAGCCAGAUGCCCCAGUACAACAGAUUGGGACAGCAGAUUGGUGUGGCAGUCCCCUUUGCAGGAGAGGGUUAAGGAGCUGGAUGGUGACCCAACUGGCCAUGGCCAAGGGGCUAGAAUCCAGGACCAAGGCCCAGGCCAGGGCUGGCAUGAGGAGUUCUUGCCUAAUGCUGAGAACCAGGGCAGGGAGCCCUGCCAGUGUUUGUAGGGGAGAGAAGGCUCCCCAAGCUUAAUGUGCUGCCGGGAUAGACCAGGUGUUUGGGCAGAGAUGGAAGGAGGUUGGUAGUAGGGAUGAUGGAAGCUUGGAACAUGCCAAGAAGGGUCCCACGUGAGUACUGGGAACCCAUGGACAUUUGAGUCUCACCUUUAUAGUCCAGUGGGUUUGUGGUAUAGAGACCCAAAGGCAGGCGAGAUAAUCCUCAAGGACCCAUGUCAUAGGGUCAGAGAAGCUGGGAUUCCACCCUUAUUCUGCACCUGCCUCCUCUCCUAAAUCUGGAUUUCACUCAGUCACCAGUAGAGAUUCAGUGACAUGUAUUGAGACAGGAAGGAAGGAAUCUCUGGUGACAUUGCAUGGAAUACCCCAGAGCGGGCAGAGCUCUGAAGGAUGGUCUGGACUUUUACCCUGCAAAAACACCAUGAAGCCAUACUUAGCUCCCACUGAAAUGCAGGGUCCAUCAGGUCUGGGGGUUGGGUUUUGUUUUGGGGGUGUUUUUUGGACAUUUUUAUUUAAAUAAUUGAAGAUUCAUGUACGCGUGUAAGAAAUAAUACAAAAGAGAUGCCUCGUGGACUUUACCCAUUUUUUCCAAUGGUAACAUUAUAGUAUAGUUAUCACAACCAGGAUAUGACAUUGAUUCAGUCCAUACAUCUUUUUCAGAUCCCCCCAGUUUUAUUUGUAUUCGUUGGUGUGCAUGCUUAGUUCUACACAAUUUUAUCAUGCGUGUAGAUUCCUUAUUCCACCACCAUGAUCAAGAUACCAAAUGGCACAUCAACACGAAGAUUCUGUGGGGUGCUUUCUUAUCACUAUACCUACCUGUCUCCCACCAUGACCUUCCCCCAUCCCUAACCCAUGGCAACCACCAUUUCUAAAAUUUUAUCAUUUGAAAACUGCUAUAUCAAUGGAAUCACCAGUAUUAACUGUUGGGGAUUGACUCUUCUCCACAGAAUUGCUUGCAGAUUCAUCCACAUUGUUCUAUGUUGGGUGUGUUUUGUUCACUACUGUAUCUUCGGCACCUAGAACACUGCCUGGUGCCUCACAGGCUCUCAAUAAUAAAUAUUUGUUGAGUGAUUGCACGAGUGAAUUCCUUCAACACACAGAUUGUUGGUCGAUAAUGUACCAACAAGAAACGGAUAUUUUACUAAUGUUCUCCUGGGAAGACGAGGAAGACAGUUCACAUGGACCCCAAUGACGACACACAGGUUCCUGCCCUGCCAUCCCUGACCCCCUCCUCUCUCUCUUUCCCUGUUGGUUCCUCAGAUCCCCUCCACCACCCCAGUCUUUCCAUUUCACCCUCAGCUCAUGGAUCCCAUUAAACAGAAACGUGACCCCUGGAGAUGGCAGAAUGAAGACCAUCUACGCUUCCUUUGGAGAUCCCAGCACCUCCAGCCUUCAUGAGAUGGGCUGGGAGGAAAUGCCAGCCAUGGUGGCCUGAGACCAGUACGACUGAGGUCUGCAUUCAGAUGCCACAAACGGAAAAGAGUCGACAGAUGUGACACUCACCUACUCGUUAUUCUACUUCAGAUAUUUGAGAAGAGGGUGGAAUUAAAAAGCACUUCCCCACCCCCACUCUGCUCAAUGCCAAUUGCCAAACAGUAUCCAGACCUACUCACGAAAAAGGGUGCAGUUCUGCGGGGAAGAAAAAUAUGUCCGUGGUUUGUUUACCUUGUUCAAGAUGACAGGUGAGAUACCAGACUGAUGAGGAAGGCUGGUGCACCAAAUCUUUUUUCCCCCAGUUUCAAAAACAUCACAGGUCAGUGGCAGGAUACCCGAUUUAUCUUGACCCUUAACUCCAUUGUGUUUCAUACACAGGCCAGGGUAAUUAGCUCAAAAUGUCACAGGAGCUAAGAUGCAUGCGCCUUUCUUGAAGGCGCCACAAGGCGGUCCGUCUUAUCCUCUGAGCCUUCCUUGUUAUGCUUCAUGUGGGUGUAACGCAUGACCAGGAAGUUUUACAGGAACAAUCAAUCACUCAGAUUUGUUUGUUGCUUUGAUAAAGCCACAGCAUUUCACAAGUUCCCUGAGAUGUGUCGGGUACUGGGUAAGCCCUCAGAUGUUUGCAGACCCACUGACUUUUUCCUUCAAAGGUUUUUCUACUUUGAUUCCAAUUCAGGAAUAAGCUGGGUGUAUACUUGGACGAAUCAACUCAUGAGAAAUCUUCGCGCUUUCGUGCUACAUCCGCGUUACUGGUUCACACUCAUUUCCUCCCAACCAAAGUUCCCCAGCGUGGGGCUGACGCCAUUAGGAAGGGUUGCUGGUCCAGGUUAAGCACAAACACCUUUGAUCACUUCUUAAGUUGUUCAAAGACUGUUUGGGUGGUUUUUAAAUGGCCAAGAGAAGUCUUCCCCUUGGCAAAUCAGGACAUGCAGAAGAGUCAUUACCACCUUCCUCAUCGUCCAAUGCUCAUGAGGCCUGUGGCCUCUACCUCAACUUCCUUCUAGGCGUUUAGCUCAGCCGCCAGGUGCAGACGCGCAAACAGUCGGCUGUACCAGCUGUUGGGGAACAUCGGGAAACAGUCUCUUGAGGGCAAGCACCAGCAAAGAGGCUGAGGAUUUUCUUGGACAAGGCGAGCAGAGAGAGAUGUGGAGGCACCAUGUUUGGGCAAGGUGGGGAUGGGCCAGCCUUCUUUCCUCUUCGUGCUCAGGCAAGGCUUCCCGGAGCCGGGCGCCUCCAGGAGCGGAGUGUUUGGAAGGAGCUCAUGGCAGACAGCUGUCCUUGCAGGCGGAGGGUGUGCGCAGGAAAAGAGUUGGAGAUGGGUGAACAAAGCACUCGGAGAGUGAAUUCCCCAAAAAAGAGCAGUUGAAAGAGUGAGAGAAUUAGGUGAAUAUUUUUCUCUGGUUAUAAAAGUCAAUAUGUGUCCAUUGUGGAACACCUGGUUACGUUGAAGAAGGAAUGAGAAAGACACCCGUAGUCCCACUGUCAAAGGAAAACCCCUGAAAUCAUUCUGCUGUGGUUUUGUUUUUCAAUACUUAAAAUAUUUUUGUGCAUGGGGCGCCUGGGUGGCUCAGUCGAUCAAGCAUCUGACUUCGGCUCAGGUCACAAUCUCAUGGUUUGUGAGUUCGAGACCCAUGCCAGGCUCUGUGCUGACAGCUCAGAGCCUGGAGUCUGCUUCGGAUUCUAUGUCUCCCUCUCUCUCUCUGCCCCUCCCCUACUCAUGCUCUGUCUCAAAAAUAAACAUUUAAAAAAAUUAAAUAAAAUA